AUGGCUGACACAACAGGUGAUGAGGAUCGCGAGCGCCUCAAGGCUGCACUGUGGUACGCCGUCGGUCAGAUUGUCGAUGAGCAGUCACUCAUCCGCAACCGCAACGCUACGCCGCAGUUUAUCGGCGCCCUCACAGAGCUCGUCUGGGCCCAGAUAGAAAAUGUGGCCACCGACUUGGAGACGUUUAGCAACCACGCAGGUCGCACAACCGUGACGACCGAUGAUGUUCUCCUGCUCGCUAGAAAGAACCCGGAUCUGCACCAGAUUAUGAAGGACUUUAUUGACCAGGCCAAGGCGGAUAAGGAGGCAGCCAAGGGAAGAGGGAGCACAAGCAAAGGAAGACGGUAG